AUGGCGGGAGCGGCCGCGGCGGCAUUUUCUUCAGAUGUUUGGCUGUCGUCUGGUGUAGAUUCGGGCCAGCACCAGUGGGAAUUUUCCGUUCCCAUCAUACCGAAUAGCACCACUCGUCGUUCCAAGUCCCGGUCUUCCUACGAAUCUACCAACCGAUCAAGACGUAAUUCUAGGGGUUCUCGUAGCUCGUCGCUAUCGAAACAUGCCUACGCACAAGAGUCGGGAUAUUUGAGCUCUCGAGGACGGCGAGAGGUAAGCCAUGGCCGACGCGGAAGUGAAACUGGGAGCUCGCGGGACAUUUAUGGACAGGAUGCAGCAAGUCGCAGCAUUGGGAACGUGAGGAACUCGGAAGAUACAUACAAUGGGUCCCUAAGGAAAAGCGACACGAAGGAGGAUGUCGGGUCUUACCCGGGCGAUACAGACGAGAAAAAUUGGAUCCAUCGUGACAAAUUAGCGAAGAUCGAAAGCGAAGAGUUGCAGCAGAUCCUCUUUCAACGCCGAGUAGGAUCCGGAAGCAUUAGGUCUGGACGGGGAAAGAAUCAUGAAGUGCACCCAAAUGAGGUGACAACGCCGCCGACAGAACCAUUAGAGCCCUGGCCAGUUCUGCACGAAGGCGCACGAGAUAUCACUGGCUCCACGAUCCCUCUUGAGAAUGAUGAACGGAACCACUGGGACCUUCGUAGACCCGAUGAAAUCGCGGCGGAGGACGGCGCUUCGAGUAUUUACCGCAACCCUGGUCUCCGGAAGAGCUCGUCUAGGAUACCCAUCCCUACCGCUAGCCCCGCGCCUAUCUCCCCUGAACAUCUUGGGCGUGAGUUCCCGAUGCAGCGCUCACGCGCUAACACCAUUAGUGAUGAGGAGACGUUAUCAUUUGGUAUGCCCCGCAGAGCCAGUGAGCCGAUCACCGUGGAUUCGACGGAUGCCUCCCCACCAACAGCUGGAAGCAGGCCUGCCAGUCGGGGUGUGCAGGCCCAAUUUAACGCAGCCAAGAAGGCGCCCGCCAAAGGUGCUGGUACGCGCAAAAUCUCUGCUCCUGCGUCAACGCGGAAGCCUACACCUCGCAGUCGAACUACAUCCAAUAAUAAUUCUCAGCGUGCGACUAAACCGGGCGAUCGCCCAACAACUGCUGUAAACCGUCCUGAAGGGGAUCCCCCAUGGCUGGCGACCAUGUACAAGCCAGAUCCGCGUCUACCUCCCGAUCAGCAGAUGCUACCCACUCAUGCGAAAAGGAUGCAGCAAGAGCAAUGGGAGAAGGAGGGCAAGACACCAACUACAUACGAUCGUGCGUUUGCCCCGUUGGCAGUUGGACAUGAUGGUAUAAAGCCCGUGGAGAAGGUCGAGAAGGUGGAGACUGAGAAGGUGGAAGAACAAAAACCCUCGCAACCAGAACCCGCACCACCAAUCGCACCGAAGAGCCCAGACCCGAGCAACCGACCAAAUACCAGCACAGGGUAUAGUCCUAUGCCUAAGCUGCAAGAACCUCCUCAGGCGGCAUUAACGCCCAAAUGGAGUCCACCUGUUUUGCCCACCAUUUCUUCCAUCUUUACUCGUCUCUUCGGGUCCUUCGCCGGUCCCUCACCCGCCGCCAUGUCCGCCGCUAAGACCAAAGCCCAGAACAUCAUCAACGAGAAUGCCGUCGUCGUCUUCUCCAAGUCUUACUGCCCCUACUGCGUUGCCAGCAAGAAGCUUCUCAACGACCUGAAGGCCAAAUACGUUGCCAUCGAAUUGGAUCACGAGAAGGACGGUGCCGCCCUCCAGGACGCCCUCGAGGAAAUCACCAACCAGCGCACCGUGCCCAACAUCUUCAUUAAGCAGCAGCACAUUGGUGGAAACUCUGACCUGCAGGCUCGCAAGGGUGAGCUGCCUGCUCUGUUGAAGGCUGCUGGUGCUCUUUAG